AUGUUUGUUCACUGUUUUAAUGCCGUUGCCAUAGUGAUCGGCCGCCGGUUUCAUCAACGCCUCAGAUACUCGAUCAGUCGGCAUGCUGCUCGAGCAUCUUGGCGACCCAUCUCGGGCAAUUCUGGCGCUGGCGUUGAAUUUGCCAACUUCUGCGGUCAGUCUCAACGACACGGCAACUUUGGACAUCGGCAUGGUGACGGCUGCCGCGAUAGACACAUCAAUGCCGCCCGAGUUGAGUCUGGCCGGCAAAGUGGUGAGUGCUGUGCUGGUCGGUUGCCUCGUGCUCAUCUCCGUGACGGGAAAUGUGGCUGUAAUCUGCCUUCUCAACGGUUGCCCGCCGACGGUCCGACAACCGGCCGUCUCCUUGACGACUGGAGCUGGUGUUUCAAUGGCCGUCAGACCAACAGCCUCCUCACAACACCGGCCAGCAUUUCGGCCGCCUCCUCGUGUCUGUUGCCCACGGCAACUGCGUUGCCGACGGAUCGUAUCGGUGGACGAUCUGUUUUUGUCUCGCGCUAUUCUGUCACUGGUCUCUUCUUGCUCAAUCUUAGUCUGGCGGAUCUAUUGCAUGUGUUGGUGUGUGCACCAUGCACCCUUCUCUCAGACUAUCUCCUACAAAUGUGGCCAUUCGGCGAGUUCACAUGUCGCCUGGUCAACUGGGCCCAAAGUCUGGUCGUCCUCCUUUGCGCGUUCACGCAUGUCGUCAUCUCGUUCGACCGGUUGGCCGCCGUCUAUUGGCCAAUUCAGCGACGUCGACUACUCUCCAUGCGAUCUGCCCGCGGCAUUGUACUCAGCAUUUGGGUCCUGGCCGCUGCUUUGUCGACGCCGACGUUGAUCGUCUGUCGUCUUGUCUACAGUCAAGACGGUGUACCCACCUGUCAGGAGGUCUGGACUGAUGUGGCGUUGCCAUCGGUGACAGCGUCGACGUCGACGUCGGCGUCGACGCCGAUGUCGACGCCGACGCUGGAGCCAGUCUCCAGCGUUUCAGGCGCCUCGCCCUCAUCUCGAAGUCUGACGAGAGAUGCUGUGCUGGCAGAUCUCACGUCAAUUAGGCUGGCUAAUUCGACGACCUCUCGGCCCGCCCACUCAGACUCUACGUCUCGCUUCAACGUCGACUCUGGCAGAGCUGAAUGGAUGACCUACCUCGCCUAUCCCACCAGCACUGCGGCUAAUGUGGUCACCUCUUCAUCGGUGGUUGUCGAGGGUGCUGGUCUAGACCAGAUUUACAGUCUUGUGCUGUUGUUGUUGCAGUACAUAUUUCCCUUAGUCGUGAUUACCGGCACGUACACUGCGAUUGUGUUGCGCAUCUGGGGCUCUUCGACACCUGGUGAGCUGGAUGUGAAACGAGAUGAGGCACUGAAUAGAUCGAAAAAAAGGGUAGGAAAUCACAAUUUAUAA